GCACGGCGGUGGGCUGUACCCACAGUACCUUGCGCCGCCUCCCGGGCGGGGGCGAUGACGACGACGGCGGCGUCGCGGGGGCGGCGGACGGUUGGCGAGGGGGAAAUGCCGGCGGCCGCCGCGACGCAGAGGGAGCCGGGCGCGGUCGCCGCCUCCUGCGUGGCGAUCUGAGCGCUCGUGUGGAGGCCGCCGGCGGCGGGGGGAGAGGAUGGAGGGCGGCGGAGCUCCGCGAGGGACCCGCUGCUGAGCUGGCGGCUCCGCCCGAGAGGAAAGCAGUGGAGAUCUGCCGCAAGUGGCUUAUUUUUGCAGGAACAUUCCAUGGCCAAGAGUUAUAAUUUGCUUUCUUAACUGAGCUGCGCUGUGUGGCUGGAGUGAACAUUCAAUAAUGAGUGGUGCAGCUUUGGGCCUUGAGAUAGUAUUUGUCUUUUUCCUGGCUUUAUUCCUACUUCAUCGAUAUGGAGACUUUAAGAAACAGCAUAGGCUGGUGAUCAUAGCAACCUUGUUGGCCUGGUAUCUCUGCUUUCUUAUUGUGUUUAUACUGCCUCUGGAUGUCAGCACGACUAUAUAUAAUCGCUGCAAACUUAAUGUUAACUCCAGCCCUCCAGAAAGUAAUGGCUCUUAUGUUACGCUUGCUCCAAGCAAGCAAAAAUGUUUCAAACCAUGGAGUUAUAUUCCUAAUGGAAUUAUGCCAAUUUUCUGGCGUGUUGUAUAUUGGACGUCACAGUUUUUAACAUGGAUUCUGUUACCCUUCAUGCAAUCAUAUGCUAGAUCAGGAGGUUUCUCCAUUACCGGGAAGAUUAAAACUGCAUUGAUUGAGAAUGCAAUCUAUUAUGGCACUUACCUGCUGAUUUUUGGAGCCUUUUUAAUAUAUGUGGCUGUAAACCCAAACUUCAAUUUGCAGUGGAACCAACUUCAGACUAUUGGGAUAGCAGCUGCAAACACCUGGGGUCUCUUUCUUCUUGUGUUGCUUUUGGGUUAUGGUUUGGUGGAAAUUCCCCGUUCUCACUGGAAUGGGGCCAAACGGGGUUAUCUUCUUAUGAAGACCUAUUUCAAAGCUGCCAAACUGAUGACUGAAAAAGCAGAUGCAGAGGAGAAUUUAGAGGAUAUUAUGGAGGAGGUCCGUAAAGUAAAUGAGAGUAUCAAGUAUAAUCACCCUUUGAGAAAAUGUGUUGAUACGAUAUUGAAAAAGUGUCCUACAGAGUACCAGGAAAGAAUGGGUAGGAACAUGGAUGAUUAUGAAGAUUUUGAUGAAAGACAGAACAGUUAUCCAAGUGAAAAAAGUUUGGUCAAACUUCACAAGCAGGUAAUUUAUUCAGUACAGAGACAUCGUCGUACACAGGUCCAGUGGCAAAUUCUUUUAGAACAAGCCUUUUACCUGGAAGAUGUGGCAAAAAAUGAAACCAGUGCAAGUCGCCAGUUUGUUCAUACUUUUCAAUCCCAGGAAUCAGAGAAUAAAAUUUUUCAGUAUUUCUACACACCAACUGUUGAGUGGUACUGGGAGUGUCUUCUACGACCGUGGUUUUACAGGGUUCUUGCAAUUGUUUUGGCCACAUUCUCUGUAAUUGUUGUGUGGUCGGAGUGCACGUUUUUCAGCACAAAACCCGUUUUAUCCUUAUUUGCAGUUUUCAUACAGCUGGCAGAAAAGACAUACAAUUAUAUAUACAUAGAGAUGGCUUGUUUUCUCACCAUCUUUUUCCUAAGUAUCUGUGUUUACUCUACUGUCUUCAGGAUCCGUGUAUUUAACUAUUAUUACUUAGCUUCGCAUCAUCAGACAGAUGCAUACAGUCUCCUUUUCAGUGGAAUGUUAUUUUGCCGUCUUACUCCACCAUUAUGUUUGAAUUUUUUGGGCUUGACCCAUAUGGAUGCAACAAUCUCUCAUAAAAACACUCAGCCAACUGCUUACACGUCAAUAAUGGGAUCUAUGAGAGUCCUGUCCUUCAUUGCAGAUGGAUUCUAUAUAUAUUAUCCAAUGCUUGUUGUCAUUCUCUGUAUUGCCACAUACUUCAGUUUAGGAACUCGUUGUUUGAAUCUUCUGGGAUUCCAGCAGUUCAUGGGGGACAGCGAAAUGACAUCUGAUUUGAUUGAUGAAGGAAAAGAACUAAUCAGAAGAGAGAAAAGAAAGCGGCAAAGACAGGAAGAAGGUGAAAAUCGGAGAAGGGAAUGGAAAGAGCGAUAUGGAAACAGAGAAGAUUCCACUAGAAACAGAGCUGUCCACACAGACCAAAAAGAAUCCAGCUUCUCAGAGACCAGCACAAAUAGACCGCUAUCAAAGUACACCCGAUCAAAUGGUAGGACUGAGAGAGAUAGAAUAGAACUCCUCCAGGAUGCAGAACCUCUGGAUUUUAAUGCAGACUCGAUUAAUGAUGACCCUCUUGAAUCAGAGUCUGGAAGGUACCAGCCUGGUGGAAGAUACUUGUCAAUGUCUCGAAGCAGAAUAUUUGAUGAUGUCUAAAAUCCUCGAAGCUAAAGACAAUUCAGUGGAAAUCUAUUUCCUGCUCACUGAUUGGAAAACACUGUAUUUGUGAUAUAUCACUGAACUGAAAAAGACCAUUUCCAUUUAAAGGGAGAAUAUGAAGGAACAACUAUAUUUUGGAAAUGCACCUGUAUGAUAACUCUACCACUUAUGUCAAGAUUAUGCUCCUUCUAUUGUAGAUACUGUUAUGCAUCAAUGUGGGCUUUUGUGUCAUGACCAAAAGGAGAAAACUAAUCAAUUAAAUUACUACAGAAUAAACUUGAUAAAUGUACAUAAGGCUCAACCAGAAUUGUAACAUAUAAGUUUUAGGAAGAGGAUUUUUUUGGAAGGAUUUUUUUUUUCUAAACGGAGACAGAGAGCAUCUUAAUGCAGCCAAAGUGCAGUUAUAUCAAUUAUUGUAGUCAACACUUUCUAAAAAUUUUUCUAUUUGAAUGUUAUGCCUAGUCCAGAAUCUAGUGAAUUAAAUUAAGGCUUCUUUUGGCUUCAGCAGCCUUUGAAUCAGAUCCUUUAUAAGCAGAAAGUUUGAAUGGCUGGCUGUUCUUCAUAAAAUGUGCUGGCAUAAAUUUUGGAGCAAUGUGUAUCAGUCAUGAAAGGUAAUCUUUUCUUUUCCAAUACUAUGUGCAGAUAAAUGGUUUUAGCAUGUGUAAAUAAUUGAAUAUGGACCUGAGUUUCACUGUCAUAUGAGCAUAAGUGCAAUAGCAAGAAUACAUUAUCCAAUGUAUGAUGCCUGCUUAAGGUUUUUACAGGUAUAAAAGUUGAAUCUUAGAACUUUAAUGGUUUUGUAGCUGUAAAAGAAAUGUAAUGUGAAAAUUGAUUUAAUGCUGAAACUUUACAAUUUGCACAUGUUUCAGACACGGUUUAAAAUUUUAGAGUAUUUCGUUAGAGGAAGGGAACUAGAUAGCAUGACUGGACUUGUAAACACUUCUAAUGUCCCAACUGCCCUGGUUGCAUUACGUAUUUGUUUUUAAGGUGCCUGUAUUUUACAGUAAGUUGUUGCAAAAGGAAUAAAUGCUUAUUCGUUUAAAUGCCAUUCAAAAAUGCCAAUUAUUAGUGGUAUAAAAUGUUUUAAAUUAAUUUCAGUGGUGUAGAUAUAUUUUUAAGCUGCAGUUAGCUGAAUGAAUUUUCAAAUUUAAUCAUAAGGUAAAAGAUGUAGUCAUACUCAUGAUAUCUUGGGAAACUUGAUUAACUUAAAGUGUUGCUUUAUUGCAGUUUGUCUUAUGUUUUUACCACUUGGGAGUUUUCUUAUGUGCUUAUUGUGAAGUGAUGUUCAAAACUGAAAGAAGAAUUACUGAAAGUAAUUUCUAUCAUAGAUUUUUUUAUCAUGCUUAAAAGACAGGCAGCCCUUUAAGCUAGGAAUGGGUUAUUCUGAAAAUUUUCAUGAAUGAGAUGUUCUGCUAAUUCUUAAAAGCAGUCUUUGUUUUUUGAAGUAAGCGUUAAUGGGAUUCUAACUACCUCCUCUAACUUAGUACAUUAGUGGUAUUUAGUAGGGUAAUGAUAUUUGUAGGAUAUUGAUCUGCCUAUUUUAGAGUACUGAAUUGUUACUACAAAGGAGAAAAAGUAGUCUACCUGUGUAGAAUUAAUUGUAUUAAUAAAUGGGCAGACGUUAAAUAACUGUCAGUUCUGUUUUUAGGUGAAUACAGUGAAUGACAGCCAUGCCCAUGUUUGUCCAGGCACAUGCAAUUUCCAAAAUACCUGUAAGAGGCGACUCUUCUAGUCUGGGGUUUUUUGUGUUUUCUGAAAGUUUCAUCAAAAUCUCAUGGCUGCAUCAGGGACUGGACGCUGAGAAAAUGGGAGACAUAUUAUGCAGUCUGUUCUUUAGCAAUGUUAUAUUAACACAUUUAAUUUAUAUUAGAUAUAUUUAGAAAAAAAUAUCCUGAAUUCAGCCUUAACUGAAUAGGGUUACUUGGUUUAUGUAUAUUCUUGGACAUCCAUGUGAAUGUACCUAGACUUGAUAUUUCUGUUUUUAAAACUUACAGAUAUCUGGCUUGCUUGCCCAAAAGCUUCUUUGUAAAAUUCUUCAGAUGAAGUAAGGCGCAAGUUCUUCAUUUAAGACCUGAAAUGUCACUACAAAGGGAUCUAAUUCAGUGCUAAUGGAACAUCACAGAAGGAAUGUUUGUUUUUCUGAAUGCGUGUGAAGUGUCUUACCUAACUGCCGUUGACUUCAGAGGGCUGGAUGGAGCCUUUGUGGGGCCUGAUUUCUGCUUUCCCAGAAAUGAGUGGAAUGGUUGCUAACAGAAUUUUCAAUGGAAACUUGGUUAGGAUUUUAUGUGUGAAAGCCAGUUAGUCCCUGGUGUAAGCCCUCUGUAUAAUUUUCACUGGAAUACAAAAAUUUGAGGAGUUGAUGGUAUAAAAUUAAUGGCAAUGGAAUUUCAGUUGCUAGUACAGAAAUUCCUUCCUAAUUGAGGUGGGAAGCUACUGACCUUUUUCGAUGCUGCAGUGUAGUAAUGAAGUAACCAGUGGCUCCUUUUGGAAAGCAUGGGAAGUGGAGCCCCUAAAAUCUCUCAAGAGGUCUCCCCUGGAUAGUGCUUGGAGUUCCCAAAUGUUCCCUGGAUACUGGGAGUUUAACUAAGGAAUUGAUAGGGAAGCCAGGGUUUCACCUAUAGCAUUCAGUGCUGACUAACAGUUACCCUUGCUCUAAUUAAGUGCAAUUUAGUAGGCUAAUUAAUCUAAAGUGUGUUUUAAAAUCAUUGUGAGUUCCUAUGAAUAUAAAUCUGGAAAUUUUUCAAAAAAGAAAUAGAGGGCAAAACUAUAAAAGAACAUUGGAGAAAUAAGGGGUUUGUUUGCACAGCAUUUGCUGUGUACUUGAGCUAAUUUUAAGCUAGUUUUUUACUGCUUGUAUAAAUAAUGGAGAACUUGCUUGGAGGUUAAGUGCCUGAGGAUUUACCCCACUUCACGGCCAGCUUGUGGUAACUCUUGCUGAGUUCUUUGCUGCUGUAGCUCUACUCUUAACAGUACUUCAGCUAAAAAAAAAAAAAAAAAUAGCUUUGAUGUGUUUAAGCAGAGACUGCACUAUGGACUAAAGAUGUUCUUGCAACACAUUCGAUGCUACAGAUUAAGCAAUUUAAAAUAUAACUGCCUUGCAACUGUGCUUUUGGAAACUGAAUGUUAGCAUAUUUAUUCUGCCAGUAUAUGGUCUUAUUUAUUUGUAACUAAAGAGUGACAGUUAUAUCUUUCUUUAUAAUUUCGCUUCUUGAAUUACCGAACAGUUCAGGUAUACUUCCAUUUCAUCAUUGUUAUCACACUGUUUCCUCUUAAGCUGUGAACACAAAAAAAAUUUUUUAAAAACAAAACAAAACCCCAAGCUUAAUACAAAUGUAUGAAUAUUGUCAUAUCAAGUAUUUAAACCAGUGCAAAUUGUAAUGAACUUUGAAAAGUGAGAUUGGAAAUGGUAGCUGCUUUAAUAAUGUCAGCACAGAGCAGGUUUCUUAAAAUUAUGGGUAGCAAACAGCUCUAGUCAAGCUUAACAGUUCCUGCUAGAUUUGGAGUUCUGUGUUUUCAGGCAUUUAAAAAUAGAGAUAUUGGAAUACGUAUAUUGGGAAAUGAGUCCUCUGCACUCUCAUCAGUCAAGUAAAGUGAGGGAGUCUCUACCUGAGGGAAAGUAAAAGAUCUUGAAGCUUCUUUUUACCAUGUGCUGGUAGUGAUACUUUGGGAGAACUGUGAGGUAUUUUAUCACUUAGGUACGAUAAUGUGUUAAAAACCAGCCAACUUUAUACUGCUGUAAAUGAUAUUACUGGAAAAAUCACAGUAUAUAAUCUGCCUUUGUUUUGCAAUCAAACACUUUUAAAUUAACUUAUUACUAACAGUAUUAAUAGGAAUGGGGGAAAGCUGCUAUCUUUUCAAUAUUUGUUCUUGCUAUUAUAAAACAACAUACAAUGAUUUUUACAUAUGAAGGAUUUUAAAAAGUGCUUACUCUGAUUUCCUGUAAUGAUAAUUUAUACUUUAUUAAAUUUGUCUUGGAAUAAUGUAAUUGUUAUAUGAAAAAUACAUUAUUUUGUUCCAAUUUUCAUUAUUGUUGUUAAUUGCUUGCAAUCUGAGGGGCAUUUACAAUACCAAAUAGAGAUCACUUUAUGAAAGAAAGAUUGUUAAGAGGCUUCUUAAAGAAAUCUGACCUAUUCAUGACAGUCAAAUGUAUACAUUUUAAUCAUUAACAAAAACACUAUUUGUGGUAUAUAUUGUCUCCUAACUUUUAAUUUUUCUUUGAAAUUCAGAAAAUGAUUAAUUUUUAGAGUAAUUUACUUGUAAAACUUAAACUUUGAGAUUUUUACAUUCUUUUUCCUGUAACGAGCUCUGCAGGUAUAUGUACUGUUUCACAGCAGUUCUCUGCUAAUAUUAGCUGUGCCUCUAAUUGAGUAGUCUAGUCUGAAGUUAAGACACUCCUACACUAUUUUGUUAAGUUAAUAGAAACCCAGCAUUCCCAGCAAAAUAGCACUUUGAACUAGAUCCUUUUUUAAUGUAUUAAUUGCUAUAAUUGAUUAUGUUGCAUUAGAUUCAGUCAUAUUGUAAGCCCAAUCAGGUUUAUUCUUGUUUCUAUUAAAGUGCACUAGAAUGUAUUCCUCAGCAUGCUUUGAAGUUUAUCUUUUUGUAUUUCAGUUGUAAUGGGCAGGCAAUAAUAAUAUGCAGCUUCAGUUAUUUCUUCAGGAUAAUGUUAUAUUUGACAUAUUCCUGUAGAUUAUAACAGUUUGAGAGUGAUAGCGUAGCAUUUCUCUCAAAUUCUAUAGAAAUCCUUUAUUUUCUGUAAAAAUGCCUGAAAUUUCUGUGGAAGUAUAUGGAAGAUAAGGGAAUUUAUUUGUAAGUAUAGGUUUAGUAAUAGAAGAUCUUCAUUCUCCAGUGUGUAUCAAGGAUAGUCUGUAGGAGUGCUGCUGAUGGAUAGACUAGCUUCUUUUGCCUUAUGAUACAAGUAUGUCUGUGCAUAAUACCUUGUUUUGAAAUUCACUGAGUUAUAAAUUUUUCUGUGUAGUGUUCUAAAUUAUUGAUGUACUGGAUAUAUUUUUGAAAUGUAUGUUUAAAUAUCUAGUAAAAGAGUUGGCAUGAAAUAAAUCAUUUCUGCAAUACA